AUUAUCUUGACCCCACUAUUUUGAGCCACACCGGGUAAGUGGAGCACACUUGCCUCGUCUAGUAGGCUGAAAAGUAUCUUACUCUAUGAUGAUUUCUUCUCUACCGUUAAUACUUAAACGAAAUACUUCAUUGUCAUAGGUGCCGCUUUCGUUGAAGAGCUAGAAGACAAGAGCUAUAAAACUUCAAUCGGCGAUAAUACCCGGCCGAGGCAGGACAACAUUCCAUCAAGGUCCGUGCUAGGCCUGCGUAAAGAGCGCAACGUAUUUUAAACCUCCAAUUCGGACCAGAGAUCGCCACGGACAAUCCAUCAGUGAGUCAUCUUUGCUUUACACACUCUGCUUUCCUUAUCUUCCUCUACAAAAUGCUAACCAAAUUAUUGUCCAGUACACCUCGUAACACUCCCACGAUAACCUUUCUACGCUGGGCAAACUCCACGGACUCUUGCGACAUCGUCAAGACAAACAUGAAGAAGCUAGAUGUUACCCAUAUCGCACAAAACGUUUCAGAGCUCAAAAAACUUAUUGCCGAUGUAGGACUGGCUUACAGAACUGGCAGAGCGUAUGAAAUAUUAUGCUAACUGGUAUGUAGACUACCGAUAUUGAUGCAGAGAAUAUAUACCAGGGUCAAGAGGCGCUGGGAGAUGGUGGCAUGACUGUGUUAAAGGAGGACCUCCUCAUUUGCGCUGUGCUGGUCGAGCAACGGAGUGAUAAUGGAGCUGUGUGGAUCACUGGCAGAGGGAACGUAGAACAAGUAAUAGCUGGCCCUGGGGAGAAAAAUGCCUAUUCACUUGUUCUCGUGGCAGAUGGUGAGACGGUAGCCAUACUGAAGCGCCCUAAGUACUGGCUUUUCCGUAAGAGAAAG